AUGUUCCAGAGGUUCUUUCAGCGUGAUAAUCAAAUUGAGUGGACUUUAUUGCCCAAAACCUAUGCCAAUGGUAGUAGGGAGCAUCAUUCUGGAAAGGUUCUUCUUCCGCAGAUUUGUUUGGCCACUUUAGUUGAGAAACAAGUCAAUACGCCUUAUGUUUUCAAGAUUUCGGCUCAUGGGGGGAUUGCCUAUACACAUGCGGGCGUGCAUGAAUUUACUGAUGAGAUUCAGGAUAUAGUAUUGCCACAAUGGAUGUACGAUCAGUUGACUUUAGAUGAGCAUCCUGUCACUGUUACUUGUGCAGAACUACCUAAAGGAAGCUUUAUUAGGUUAUUGCCACAAAGCAAGGAGUUCUUGGAGAUAGAGAAUCCUAAACCGGCCUUAGAAAGUGCUUUACGAAACUAUCAAGUACUUAGUCCUGGUGAUACAAUCUCGCUUUAUUUUGAAGAGGAGUUCAAGCACAUUCUCUUUACAGUUUCUGAGAUUAAGCCGGCUGGUGAAGGAAUAAGUAUUAUUGAUACGGAUUUAGAAGUAGACUUUUUACCACCAGCUGAUUAUGAAGUUAUUCCCGUGCAAACUGCCGAUAGUUUAGUUGUUAAGAAGGAGGACCAGUUAGAACUAACUGAUCCCUUCUAUCACGCCAAACCAGCCCUUGGAGUUGUCUUUAUGGGUAUACCCAAUUAG